AUGAUAACGACAGCAGAUCAGAAUGAUAGAUGGGCAUCUUACGCAAGACCAGGAUCAUGGAACGAUCCAGACAUGCUCGAAGUGGGAAAUGGAGGCAUGACUACAGAAGUGUACCGAUCACAUUUCAGCAUCUGGGCAUUGGCAAAAGCUCCUCUGCCGAUCGGAUGUGAUCUUGGAUCCAUGGACAAAGUCACCUUUGAGUUGCUUAGCAACAAAGAGUUAAUUGCUGCUGACCAAGACAAACUUGGGAUCCAGGGAAAGAAAGUCAAGAACGAUGGCGAUCUUGAGGUAUUAUAUUUAUGCACACUUUAA